AUGUUUUCGUCGGUCCGCAAGCUGAAGCACCGGUUGGACCAGCUGCUGCGCGAGACGUCCGGCCUGGAGGUGGAGCAGGCGCGCGUGCUGCUCACGCGCAGCCAGCUGGAGGCACUCUGCCGGGAGCUGCAGACGCAGAACCGCGCCAUCAAGGAGGAGAGCCAGGCCAAGACGACGCUGAACGACAUAUCGAGCCUGAUCGCCGACAGCAGCGAGAAGAACGCCAAGCUCACCGACGAGAACGCCAGCAUCUCCGGCAAGCUGGCGAAGCUCUGCCAGCAGUACGAGCAGAAGAACGCGUUGGAGGCCACCGAGGCCCAGCUAAAGGCGCAGCUGGACGCCUGCGCCCAGCGCUUCGACGACGUCCAGGCUGCGCUUGCCCAGUCCAACACGGCCUUCGAUACGUACAAGACCGACAUCGACAAGAUGAAGAAGACCACGCGUCGACUGGAUAAGGAGAGCGCCAGCUGGCGACAGCGCGUGUGCGGUGUGGCCGUCAUGUGA